AAAAAAAAGGGGGACAUGUAAUUGAUGGUCUUCACCCUUGCAUAGAAUUAGAAUGUAUUCUAGUCGAAGUACUGUUCGUCAACUGAUGGUCGAUGCGGCAUCAUGCCACCUCUUUACCUCAGGGAGAUUCAGGGAUCAAUCUCCAGAUUGGGUAUGUGGAAGGUGUGCGUGAAAAUCCAAGUUCCAGGGUGUUGACGAAUUUGAUUUGAUAGAUGAAAAAGGCCGUGGCGUGCCCAUUGUGAAGCGUUAGAAAAUCCAAGUCUUGAUUGCUUCAAACGCAGCUGCGAGCCGACGUUAACUGGAAAUGGGAAUCCUUCACAAUUGCUUUGGAGGCUGUGGUUCCACUUCUCGUAAACAACCUUCCACAACAAUCGAACAUCUAUGUCAUCGCUUUUCUCUUUCCCAACUUCGGAAAUUGACCAACGACUUUGACGAAAGCCGGAUUAUGGGUGAAGGGCCCAGAAGUGUGGUGUACAGGGUUUGCGUCUCCGUCGAUGGCCAACUGAGAGAUAUUGCAGUGAAGCGACUCCGACGAGAAGCAGCGAUUUCCUUAAACGGGUUCUCACGGUACAAGACCGAUAUCAUAUUUAUAUGCCAGCUACACCACCCGAAUCUGGUGUCGUUUGUUGGAUAUUGCGAUGAUAAAAAUGAAAUGAUUCUGGUCCACGACUGCGCCCCAAACGGAUCACUCUAUAAUCAACUUCACGAAACAAGGAGCAAGUCGCCAAUACGACCAUGGAGGAAAAGGCUAGAAAUCAGUAUAGGAGUGGCGCGUGGGUUGCACUACCUUCACUCAGGAACCAAACGCACCAUCCUUCAUCGCGAUAUCAGACCGGCUUCCAUUCUUUUGGAUGAGAAUUGGCUUCCCAAACUGGCACAUUUCGGGCUUUGUUUAAGAGGACCAAAGUUUUCAGCAAAGGAUAUGAAACCCAUACGGUUGGAAUCCGUUGAAGGCCCUUGGGGAUACAUAGCUCCUGAGUGCUUUAGUGCUCCUAAUGUCACGUAUAAAUGCGAUGUCUAUUCUUUUGGGGUCAUUUUGUUAGAACUCAUCUGCGGAAAGACUUUAUCCCAAAUUAGUCAGCAUAAGGGGCGUCAUACUGAAGCUGCAAGUGUUAUUCCAUUUACAUUCAGUGUCGUUAAGGAAGUACGUAAUUUGGGAGGAACAGGAAAUGCUGAGGGAAUUAUGGAUGAGUGUUUGGUGGGAGAAAUAGGAGGAGAGUGCUGGAAAUUGUACAUGGACAUUACAGAGAGUUGCUUGAGUGAAGAUCCCAAUGAGAGGCCACAUAUGGGAGAAGUUGAAAUUCAACUUGAACGUGUGUUGCAACUACAAGAGGAAGCAGAUUCUAACAAUACAUCCUUGUGAUUUAAUUUCUCUUCUUGUUUGAAUCUUCCGUGCUUACUCUGAGGCUAGAAAGUACUUGCUUGUGUCUCUUAAUUACUAGAUUGAGAACAAAAUGAUGAAUAUGAUCUUACAUUUGGGAUCAAAUUAGCCCACCAUAAAUCUGUUUUUGUUUUGAAGACAAGGAGAGUGGUCCAAGGACUGUAAAAGGUGUGAAUUUAAUUAGUCCCAGAAAAAUACUGGAAAACAGGCAGUGCCAGAGUCCGUUAUGUGAUAUCCCUGGUGGAGUUACAGCAACGCAUGUGGUCGUUCAACCCCCUGCUGGGGACAAAGAAACAUUUCUAAUUCUAAUUCUGCACAUCACUUAACGUUCACUUUUGGGAGGACACUGAGCUGCUCAAAUUGACUCUCCUAUAUAUUUCUAACAAAUCUAAAUCACCUACUUGCAGAAGGAAGCAAGAAGUGAACCGAGGCAGAGCAAGUGUGUUUGUGUAAUAUUAUGGCACUCCCGGCGGAAGACAUCAAAGAUGACAUCUUUCCUGGUUGAUCAAGUGUUACACUCUCAUUCAGUUUAACAUGAUUUUUAACUGCCAAAAACUUCCUCAUCACUCAACUUUUAUCUGCUUUAUUGUCUGGUUGUCACAAGAGGCUGAGAGAAAUGGGCCUGGUGAAGAUUGUGAUGCUAGUUAUACAGAGGUGGUUCCUCUGAGACAGUAAACUCUGUACAGAAUUUUCAUAGGUGAUGCUUUUCUAGGUGGAGUUCCUUGUUGGGUUUUUAUAAUUGUUUGUUGAAAUGAAACCAACUCUAUACAUUGCCUUCAUGUACAUGACUAUAUAUGUGUGUGUGUAUAUAUAUAUAGAUAUUAAAAAAAAAA